AUGGGUUGGGAAAUGCAUGUACUUAGGAAAAGCUUUCUUACCUGUGUGAGUUUCCUGUGUUGGGCAAUCUGGAAAGCCCGUUGCUCCUUUGUUUAUCAACACCAACCAGUAUCUCCUACACUUACUCUCCGUUUCGGUCUGAGCCUUGCUUAUGAGUUCCUGGAAGCCAACAAGCUUGAAUCAUUGGAGUCAAAUCCAACAAGUUUGAGUCGCCCAAUCUGGACUGCUCCUCCCCCCAGUUUUGUUAAGCUGAACUGUGAUGCUGCAUGGAAAGCCCCUUCUGAAGCAGGUCUCGGUGUGAUCAUCAGGGAUCAUACUGGUUCCUUUCUGGGCGGCUCUGCGGUUCCGGCAAAGUGUUCUUCUGCGGCCGUUGCGGAAUCUGAAGCAGUGCUUUCUGGGGUCAAUCUUGCCAUUUCAAUGGAUCUGAAAUUGGUUAAAUUUGAGUCUGAUGCAUUGGAGAUCAUUUCUGAUUUAAGGAACACUUCAUCUAGCAGCAAUUGGAGAACUUACCCGAUUAUCCAACAAAUCAGAAGACGCUGCACCUUCUUUGAUGAUUGUUGUUGGGACUGGGUUCCCCGUGAAGCGAACCGAGCUGCUCACCUUGCAGCCUCGCUUGCCAAUAGGACGGUGGGUCCACAGCGAUGGGCUAACCAGCCACCACCAUCCUUGACUCGUGUGCUGAGAAACGAUGGGCUGCCAUGCCCUCCGGCCAACCUUUGA